AUGCUGAUUGCUGCCCUAAGACUGCUGAUGCUGGUGACAGUGGCUGAAUUUCUCAUAGGCCUGGUUGGAAAUGGAAUUCUUGUGGUAUGGAGUUUUGGAGAAUGGGUCAGAAAAUCCAAGGGGUCCUCAUACAACCUCAUUGUGCUGGGCCUGGCUGUUUGCCGAUUUCUCCUGCAGUGGUUGAUUAUCAUGGACUUAAUCCUGUUUCCGCUUUUCCAGAGCAGCUGUUGGCUUCGCUAUCUCAGUGUCUUCUGGGUUCUGGUAAGCCAGGACAGCCUGUGGUUUGCCACUUUCCUCAGAUUCUUCUACUGCAGGAAGAUCACGACCUUUGAACACCCCAUCUACUUGUGGCUGAAGCAGAGGGCCUAUUGCCUGAGUCUCUGGUGCCUUCUGGGGUACCUCAUGAUCAGUUUGUGACUUGUGGUCCACAUUGGCUUAAAGCCUUGCAAUCCUUCCCAUGGAAACAGCAGCAUUCUGUACCCCUUUUCAAACUGGCACUAUCUGUGUAUUUUACAUCUCAGUGCAGGAAGUGUGGUGCCUUUCAAGGUGUUUCUGGUUUCUUCUGGGAUGCUGAUUGUCUCUUUGUAUAGACACCACAGGAAGAUGAAGGUCCAUACAGCUGGUAGGAGGGAUGCUCGGGCCCAGGCUCACAUCACUGUCCUGAAGUCCUUGGGUUGCUUCUUUGUGCUUUACGUGGUUUAUGUUCUGGCCAGCCCCUUCUCCAUCACCUCCAAGUAUUCUCCUGCUAAUCUCACCACUGUCUUCAUCUCUGAGACACUCAUGGCUGCCUAUCCUUCUCUUCAUUCUGUCAUAUUGAUCAUGGAGAAUCCCAGGGUGAAGCAGAUUUGUCAGAGAAUUUUGUGGAAGAUAAUGUGUGCUUGGAGAUCUUGGGGCCUGUGA